AUGGAGGGGUUUACAUCAGCGACGGACCAGCAGAGCAUGGUCUCCUCCUUCCUCGAGAUCGCCGUUGGCCAAACCGCUGAUACUGCCCGCCAAUUCUUACAGGCCACUCAUUGGAAGCUUGAGGAAGCUAUUCAGCUCUUUUUUGUAGGAAAUGAGGGUGGGGCAGUGGCACAACCUUCAUUUUCUAUACCAGUAGAAAAUGAUAGACCCCUACCUGAUCAAAGUUUAGGUGAAUCAACAAAGGAUGUGGUAGAGGAAAAUGUGAGACAAGAUGAUGGGAAUGAAGUUCGCGCACCUUUGCCAGUAAAAAGAGAGAUUCUGUAUGAUCAUGCAAUGCUUUAUGGAGCAUCGAGAACAGGAGAUCCAUCACAUGAAGCUCGUCCUGUAGUUCCCUUCCGCAACUUUAAUGAGGAAAUGAAACGUCCAGGGAUAUGGGGAGCAGAACAAGGUGCCACAUCUACAACGGAUCAAUCUCGGGUUAAUCUUGCUUCUAUGUAUCGUCCUCCUUUUGCUUUGAUGUACCAUGGACCUUUCGAAAAGACACUUCCUAUGAUCUUGGCUUAUGGCAACUUUAGGAUUGUUUAUUGUGCUGGAGGAGUCAAGGAUAUAGUGAAUGAGUGUUCCUUUUUCUUUAGUAGUUUUGUCACUGACCACACUUCUUUUUUGAGUUUCUCUUUGUUCGGAGUGGCCUUACGUGUAGAGAAUAAAUUGGAGAGAAGUUGGGUUGCAGUAUUUCUUUAUCUGUGGGAAUGGAAUGUGUGGCUUGGUUGGGAUAUACAUUCAUGGGAUCUUAAAGGGAAUGGGUUAGUUGAGCAGAAUGGUUAUGGUGUGAUCGGUGAUAAAACAUGGGAUGUAAUUGCUGUGUCUAAUGAAUUUGGUUCCAAUUCCGUGGGAUUGCCUCGCAGAAUAUGGAUGGUGGAGUUCUGCAAGUUUUGUUUUAAAGAAAGAUUUACGAUCCUUGGAAGAAGAUCCAAGAAGCUAUGGCGAAGAACUGGAGAAAAAUUUAAUGUUGUGCUGUAUCCUUUUGAGGCUAAAGAUGCUGCUAAAGUCCAGGACAAAUGGCUUUUGGUAAACUUGCAAUCCACCAGGGAAUUCAGCUCCCAUAUGCUUAACCGCGACACCUGGGGAAAUGAAGCUGUUGCUCAAACUAUUAGGACUAAUUUCAUCUUUUGGCAGGUGUCUGAUGAUACGGAAGAGGGCAGUAAAGUAUGUACCUAUUACAAAUUGGAUUCUGCUCCUGUAAUUCUUGUCAUUGACCCUGUCACGGGCCAGAAAAUGCGCUCAUGGCGUGCAAUGAUACAACCAGAGAGUUUGCUGGAGGAUCUGUUACCAUUUAUGGAUGGUAGUCCCAAGGAUCAUCAUGUCAGCCUCUCUCAUAAACGUCCAAGAGAAACUUCUCAGGCUUCUCCACCGAAAACUCAAGUUGAAGAAGGAAUGAGAUGUGGAGAACAAGGUACAAGGGAAACUAUGGGAAAUCUCACCUGGGAGCAGUCUGUACUUUCACAAGCAGAGGAGUUGAAGCCAGCUGAGCAGAAGAUUUUUGCAGACUUGCAGUUACCAAAAGUUGUGGGAUAUACUGAGAAGAGAAGCAAAUCACAGGUGUGA